AAUAAAGUAACAAAACCCACUCUGUCCUCUCUGGCUGUAACCCUGCUUCGUUUCUUCUUCAUUUCUCUCUCUCUCUCUCUCUCUCUCUCUCUCUCUGUGUCCUCUCAGCCUCCUCCUCCUCCUCCUCCUCCUUUUAAGCGCGCUAUCUUUCUGGAAAGUGCUGAGAGGAAGAGACAGAGAAGAAGCCGUAGGAGUGAAAAGAAGAGAAGAGAAGAAGAGGAACUUCAUAAGUCUCAGUUUAAAGGAAAAAAGAGAACGAAAAAGAAAGAAAAGAUGAGGAAAGAUGGCGGCGGUGGCGGAGGAGCAACAGCAGCAGCUGCUGCAGCGGCUGCAGCAGCAUCAGGAACUUCUGCCAUGGUACUGCCUUGCCUAGACAUGAAGCCAUUUGUUGCCACACUAGUAGUGAUAACUCUGGUGAUGGCCAUUUGGCAGCUCCAACCCUACGAGUCCCUCCUCUCCACAACUCGUCCUUCGGCCUCGUGUCCCACCAUCCCCAUCCCCAGCACCAUCGCCAACACUUCCAACACCAAUCUCAUCACACCGCUCCCCAUGCAAAAGAUCUCAUCUUCCUCCCUUGCCUCCAAGGACAACACCACCAUCAGCACCACCAAGCGCUCCAUCACUCCACGCCAAGAACCCCCUCAAGACCCCAACAAGCGGGUCUUCCGCCCUUACGGCAGCGCUGCAGCACUCUUCGUCCAGAUGGGCGCCUACCGCGGGGGACCGGCCACCUUCGCCAUCGUGGGGCUGGCGUCCAAGCCCAUCCACGUCUUCGGUAAGCCAUGGUUCAAGUGUGAGUGGGUACCCAACGACCCGUCCCGCCCCAAUGUGCGGGCCAAGGCCUACAAGAUGCUUCCUGAUUGGGGCUACGGCCGCGUCUACACCGUCGUCGUCGUUAACUGCACUUUCCCCUCCAAUCCGAACCUCGACAACUCCGGUGGCAAACUCCUCCUCUACGCUUACUACUCACCCUCCCCCCGCCGCUUCGAAAAGUUGGUGGCUUUGGAGGAAGCCCCCGGCUCCUACGACGAGUCCCGCUUUCGCCCUCCAUUCCAGUACGAUUACCUCUAUUGCGGCUCUUCUCUGUAUGGCAGUCUCAGCUCUAGCCGCAUCAGGGAGUGGAUGGCCUACCACGCCUACUUCUUCGGCCCCAGAUCCCAUUUCGUCUUCCACGACGCCGGCGGCGUUGGCCCGGAGGUGCGUGCUGUGCUGGAGCCCUGGAUCAGGGCCGGCCGGGCCACACUUCAGGAUAUCCGAGCGCAGGCCGACUAUGACGGCUACUACUACAACCAGUUCUUGAUAGUGAAUGACUGCCUGCACCGGUACCGGCAUGCUGCCAAUUGGACCUUCUACUUUGAUGUUGAUGAGUACAUCUACAUCCCCGGCAACAAGACCCUCGAAUCUGUGCUCCAUGAGCUCUCACCCUUCACCCAGUUUACCAUUGAACAGAAUCCCAUGUCCAGUAAGCUCUGUGUGUUUGAUCCCCGCAAGAAAUACUCCACGGAAUGGGGAUUUGAGAAGCUUGUCUUUCGAAAUUCAAUUACUGGAAUACGAAGGGAUCGAAAGUAUGCAAUCCAGGCGAAGAAUGCUUAUGCAACUGGAGUGCAUAUGUCAGAAAAUGUUAUUGGACCUACCACGCACAAGACAGAGUCCAUGAUUCGUUACUAUCACUACCAUGACUCCAUCAAUGUCCUGGGUGAGCCAUGCCGGGAAUUUGUUCCCAUGCCAAGAAAAGGCAAUGUUACAUGGUUUGAGAAAAUCCCCUAUGUAUAUGAUGACAACAUGAAGCGCAUGGCUGAUACAAUCAAGCAGUUUGAGGAACAAACAAUCAGAGCUUUCCGAGUAUAGAGAUGUCACACACUCAAUAGCCUUGGUGCUGGAAAGUUGAUAAUUCUUUUGGAUGGUGUGCCAUUGGGGUUGAGGUUUUCUUCAUUAAUGUCUACUUGCUUCCCCUGGUUCAGGCUGGUUAUCAUAUCUACAAACCAAACAUACUGUUGAAAGGGAGGAGGUAAGAAGGGAACCCUUGAUAGAUUUGUAAAUUCAUGUUUUUGUUCUCACGCCUCUCUGAUCUGUAUAAAUUUGUUCCAUCCCCCCCCACAUAUUUGUUCUUUCUUUAGAGGGUUUAUGCUCUUUUUUCUUUCUUUAUUAUUGAGUGCAUACGCUGUCUGUCUCCCUUAGCUCUUUGAUUAGUUCAACUUCAUAUUGAUAUUGGCCAAUAAAAUAGAGGUUUGCUUGACCAAUCUAGAUUCUA